AUGUCAGACAUCCAGCUCGACUCCGCCCUCUUCUUCAAACGCGCCGAGAAGAUCUUUAAUGCCUGGGAGAGCCCAAAUGGAGAUACCAAGUCUCUGGAAGAUGUGAAGGCUUUGUCUAUCCUACUGGGCGAACCUAGCGAUGAAUUGGCUUCUUACAACAAGACCACCGCGCUUCAGCUCUGGCUUCUCGGCUAUGAGUUUCCUUCGACGUUGAUGCUCUUCUCUCAAUCCCCUCGCAAAGUCACCUUCGUCUGCGGAUCUUCCAAAGCCAAACUCAUUCGCCAGCUGCGACCAAGUAACGGCAUUGACAUUGACAUCAAAGUCAGGGCGAAAGAUGCGAGCGCUGCCAAAGCAACUAUGGAAGAGGUGGUGGGCUCUGUUGAAGAUGGCAAGAUCGGGACUUUGCCAAAGGACAAGCCUACUGGGAAAUUGGUCGAUGAGUGGAAUGCGGCGGUCGAGGCUCAUGGCGGUUUGGAUGUUCAAGAUGUCGCGAUUCCAGUCUCGUCUAUCUUGUCAGAGAAGGACGGAGAGGAGAUCAAAUCCAUCAUCACCAGUGCCAAAUUGACCUCUACCGUCAUGAUCAACUACUUUAAAUCCAAAAUGGAAGCCAUCAUUGACCGAGGCACCAAAGUCUCUCAUGAAGCGCUUGCCCAGCUGUGUGAGGAAAAAAUCGGCACUGACGAGAAGCCAGUGGAUCAAAAGCUUUGGGCCAAAAACCCCUCAUUGGGGCAGGUGGAUUUCACUUCUACCGAGUUCAUCUAUACCCCUAUUGUCCAAUCUGGCGGCAAAUAUGACCUCAAGGUCACGGCUGCCUCCAACGGCGACAACCUCAAACCUGGCGUCAUUCUUUCGAGCAUGGGUAUCCGCUACAAAAAUUACUGUAGUAGCAUGGGCCGAACUUUCUUGAUCAGCCCUACAAAGAAGCAGGAGAGCAACUAUUCUAUCCUUCUCGAGGUUCGGCAGGAAGCCUUGAAGCAGCUCAAGGCUGGGGCUGUUGUUUCCGAUGUCUACAAUGCCGUUUUCGAUUUCCUUGAAUCCAAGAGUUCUGCCAUGGCUGAAAACUUUGUCAAGCACAUUGGUUUCGCUACCGGUAUGGAGUACCGUGACAGCACUUUCCUUUUGAGCUCUAAAAACAAUCGCGAGUUGACAGAGAACAUGGUUCUUGUUCUCACUCUUGGCGCUAGCGAACUCUCGGACCCCAAGAAGAAGGGUAGCACCUACGCGCUCUUGCUGUCUGACACUGUGAAGGUUGGGCAGAACGGAGCAGCAGUCUUGACCGAAGGGGCCACCAAGCUCAAUGACGUUGUCAUGGACAUGGAGGACGACGACGAAGAAGAAGACGUCAAACCUCAAAUCGUCGACAAGAAGCCCAAAAUCAAGGACUCCCCUGUCAAGCCUCGUACCAGUACUGUUGGGGGACGUGCCAAGACUCGAGGUGCAAACCGCGAGCAAAUCACCCAGACGACAGCCGAAAAGAUCAAAAGCAACCAGGCUCGAUUGCAUGGCAAGCUCAAUGCUGAUGGUAUCAAGAAAUGGGAGGCUGGUGACGAGGGGAAGAACGGCGCCCAGCAGAAGGUGGUCAAGAAGUACGAGAGUUAUAGGCGCGAAGAGCAGUUGCCCAAGUCUGUUGAGGACCGACGGGUGCAUGUCGACGAGUCUCGACAAUCUGUGAUCGUGCCCAUCAACGGCUUUGCCGUUCCUUAUCACAUUUCGACCAUCAAAAAUGUUACCAAGACGGAAGAAGCGAACCACAUUGUUCUGCGCAUCAACUUCCAGUCUCCUGGCCAGAUUGCUGGUAAGAAGGAAGACAUGCCCUUUGAGGACCCCGACGCAAACUUCAUCCGAUCCAUCUCUUUGCGGUCACAAGAUUCGCGACACAUGCUCAAGGUCUUUGACACCAUCACUGCGCUGAAGAAGGCUGCGGUCAAGCGAGAGGCCGAGAGGAAAGAGUUGGCCGACGUUAUCGAGCAGGAGAAGCUCAUCGAGAUCAAGGGUCGCCACCCUUUCGUUCUCAAGAAUGUCUUCCCUCGUCCUGCCCCCGAAGGCAAAAAGGUCGACGGCAAUGUGGAGAUCCACCAGAAUGGUAUCCGUUUCCGUCCCGAUGGACCGGCUUCCAAAAUCGAUAUCCUUUUCAGCAACAUCAAGCACCUUUUCUUCCAGCCGAGCGAAAAGGAGCUUAUUGUCAUCAUCCAUGUUCACCUCAAAGCUCCUAUCAUGCUCGGCAAGAAGAAGACAUCAGAUGUCCAAUUCUAUCGUGAGGUUGCGGACAUGUCUUUCGAUGAGACUGGCGGCAAGAAGCGAAGGGCUCGAUACGGUGACGAAGAUGAGAUUGAGCAGGAACAAGAGGACCGAAAACGCCGUGCCGAGUUGGACAGGGUGUUCCAGGACUUCGCCCGACGCAUUGAACAAGCGGCUCAAAAUCAACAAUAUGAGCUCGAGGUCGAUGUGCCUUUCCGAGAGCUUGGCUUCAACGGUGUCCCUCACAAGUCAAUUGUAACUCUGCUUCCGACCACCAACUGUCUCAUACACAUAUCUGAACUACCCUUCACUGUCAUCACCCUUUCGGAAGUGGAGAUCGUGCACCUCGAACGAGUGCAAUUUGGGCUCAAGAACUUUGACGUCGUAUUCGUUCUUCAGGACUUGAAAAAGCCGCCUAUUCACAUCAAUUCCAUCCCUGUUGUAAAUCUCGACAAUGUCAAGGAGUGGUUAGACUCCUGUGACGUGCCCAUCUCCGAAGGUCCCGUCAACCUCUCGUGGCCUGCUAUCAUGAAGACAGUCAAUGAAGAUCCCCAUGCCUUCUAUGCCGAGGGCGGAUGGAGCUUCCUUACCGGUGACGGAUCCGAUGCGGGCUCGGAAGAAUCUGAAGAAGGGUCAGAGUUUGACGCUAGCGAAGGCUUUGAUGCGUCUUCUGCCAGUGAUCAAGAUAGCGAAUCUGACUUCGAUGAGGACGAGGAUGACUCGGACGACUCGGCGGAAAGCUUGUCAGAUGAGGGAGAAGAUUGGGAUGAGCUCGAGCGCAAAGCCAAGAGAGCCGAUGAGAACAACCAGAGAGGGAACGAGUCGGAUGAUGGGAAGAAGAAGAAGAAGGCGGGCAGGAGAUAG